CAGUUGUUUAGCCUGACAGUGCAGUGAAUGAUAAGAGAGUGAGGGAGAAAGGGAGACAGACUUUCUCGCUGUGUAUGAAUUACAGAGAAAGCAGCAGAAAAUCAUUUCAUCAUUUACAGGACUGGGUUUUUCUAUUGGAUUACAAACAAGAAGAGAGAUUUUCACAGAACACACAUACAAGGGUAGAAAUGAAGCUUCUAGCGGCCAUAGCAGUGGUGCUCCUCCUGGUGGUGUCGGAGAGUAUGGCGGCCAGAGGCACAUCCAGGAGGACCAAGAGGGAGCUGAUGAGCCCGCUGCACAUGGGGGGAAUCAGGGACCCGUUUGGGUCGUACUGCGAGCGGAGAGGGGGCUGCUGCCCGGGCCGGGACGACCAGUGUACGGUACCCUACCUGGACACCAUCUGUUACUGUGACCUGUUCUGUAACCGAACCAUCUCAGACUGCUGCCCUGACUUCUGGGGCCACUGUCUGGGCAUCUCACCCCCUUUCAUUGGCACCUGUGAAAGGAACAGCCACAAAUUCCUCUCAGGACAGACAUACAAAGAGAACUGCAACUUAUGUACGUGUGGAACAACUGGGCGUUGGGAGUGUGAGCAGCAUGCCUGUCUGAUAGAGAAUGACAUGAUCCAGGCUGUCAACAGAGGAAAUUAUGGCUGGCGGGCAGCAAACUACAGCCAGUUCUAUGGCAUGUCUCUGGACGAGGGCCUGAGGUAUCGCCUGGGGACACAGAGGCCCUCCAGGACUAUCAUGAGCAUGAACGAGAUGCAGCUGAAUAUGGACCCUCAGAAUGACCGUCUGCCUCAGUAUUUCAACGCAGCAGAGAAGUGGCCUGGAAAGAUCCACGAACCUCUGGAUCAGGGCAACUGCGCUGCCUCCUGGGCCUUCUCCACUGCAGCGGUGGCAUCUGAUCGAAUCUCCAUCCAGUCGAUGGGUCACAUGACCCCUCAACUGUCGCCCCAGAACCUAAUUUCCUGUGAUACACGCAACCAAGGGGGCUGUGCUGGAGGCCGUAUCGACGGAGCCUGGUGGUACAUGAGGCGCAUAGGUGUGGUGACAGAGGAGUGCUACCCGUUCUCUGCUCCCCAGCAGACACCAGCAGAGGUGGGCCGCUGUAUGAUGCAGAGUCGCUCUGUGGGCCGUGGAAAGAGACAGGCUACUGCCCGCUGCCCCAGCACACACACCUACCACAAUGACAUCUACCAGUCUACACCUCCCUACAGGCUCUCAUCAAACGAGAAGGAGAUCAUGAAGGAGAUUAUGGAUAAUGGCCCAGUACAAGCCAUCCUGGAGGUCCAUGAGGACUUCUUCGUCUAUAAGAGUGGAAUCUACAAACACACAGACGUCAGCUUCACCAAACCACCACACUACCGCAAACACAACACACACUCCGUCAGAAUCACAGGGUGGGGAGAAGAGAGGAACUAUGAUGGGACAACAAAGAAGUUCUGGAUCGCUGCCAACUCGUGGGGGAAGAACUGGGGGGAGAACGGCUACUUCCGUAUCGCUCGCGGUGAGAACGAGUGUGAGAUUGAGGCAUUUGUGAUCGGUGCGUGGGGUAGGGUCACUAUGGAAGACAUGCAGAGCCACCAUCACCGCCGACUCAAGUAGAGACAUACACUCCAGGAACUCAGCACCCUCUUCACCUACCCUGAGGGAGCAACUCAACUAGCCCCAGAGUGCCUACCCUUCAGCCCAUACCCUCUUCCCCUCCCUACCCUGGGGGAGCAACCCAACCAGCCCCUGAGGCCCUGCUCUUACUCCUUUACCCCCACGCCAAAAUUUGGGGGAACAACUCAACCAGUUCCCACUCUGACCUUUGGGGGAACCAACAACAACUACCCCAAGAACUUAAACUCUUAACCCCUUACCCCCUUGCACCCACCUCCCCUUACGGCAGCCUAGGGGUUUUGAUACCCCAACCACCCCCCCAACCCAACUCAAGGUUGAUGGCACCAAAACAAGCUCCAGGCCUGCAGGCUGAGAGAGGCUUCUCCAUACAGCCUCCUCUGGCUUCAGGACACAGCAAUAAGCACCUCAGGACUCAUUAUUCCAAAGACCAUCCUUCCCCGACUCCUCGGCUUCAGCCUAGCAUAGACUACUUCCUAUUUCUGUUCUUAAGUCUUCACUUCCACUGCUAUAAUGAUGACAGAACUGUCUUGAUCUGAACUCUCUCACUCUCCUCUUUCUCAUUGUGUAGCUCUUCAUUUGGCUGCCAUGACAGGAGGCUAUCCAUUUGGCUGCCAUGACCGGUGGCUAUCCAUUUGGCUGCCAUGACCGGUGGCUAUCCAUUUGGCUGCCAUGACAGGUGGCUAUCCAUUUGGCUGCCAUGACCGGUGGCUAUCCAUUUGGCUGCCAUGACAGGUGGCUAUCCAUUUGGCUGCCAUUACCGGUGGCUAUCCAUUUGGCUGCCAUGACAGGUGGCUAUCCAUUUGGCUGCCAUGACAGGUGGCUAUCCAUUUGGCUCCCAUGACAGGUGGCUAUCUAUCUCUGGUCUUGGUUAAACCUCUCUCUGUGUUUCUCUGUUGUUGUGUAUUUUGAAAGCCAACCCCUUAGGGACAGAUUGGGAUGGGGAGAACCAGAGUGAUAGAGGGGUAGAUGAUACAGGCACCAGACUGGGCAGUUCCCACAACAAGAGACGAUAGAAACUAACAAUCUACUACAGUUUAGUUUAACGUUAUCACUAACUCUUAGUCUAGCUACUUACAUCGCGGAUUAAUGUAUUCCUAUUACUGUCAGCAGAUCUAGUGCAGUUGCAGUAGCCUUGCAUAUCUUCACAUGUUCCAAAAAUGCAGAAUCUCACACUGGAAAGGGUGUUGGGCUAGAGGUAGGUGGGGUUGAGGGUUUAGUGAGCUGUCCAUUUGACCAAUAAUUCAUUUCAUUCAUUAAUUUACCAAAGAUUGCUGUUUUCUUUUUAGGUUAAUUGCACAGUACAGUAUUGAGUUUAAGCAAGCUCUGGAAGUGAAACUCAAUGCCAAAUUUCUCUUGAGUUUUCAGUACCUGUUUAUGGAAGAGAUGGUGUCAAUCUUCCAAUGAUAUCAAAUCAACUUCGAUCUCAUGACCAUGACAGCUCUUGACUGAAACCAACUGCUUGAACACAACUUUUCAUUAGAAAUAAUAUUAGUGGAUCAGCCGUUUAUAAAUCUCCCUUAUUACUAUUUAUAAAGUACGUAUAAAAGCAGAGAUGAAGCUUGUUUAAUAUGUGUGGAUGUGAUUGUAGCAAGCGAGGAGCUUAAAAACAGCCCCUGAAAAACACAUUCCGUUUAUUAAAUCAACUGGUUGAUAAAAUCAUAUCCUGGAAAAAUAUGAGAUCGAUUGAAAUAACAGUGUUGUCCUUUUGGUUUGAAGAAGGUGAAAUGGUCACCACCAGAUGAUGCCAGAGACAGAAGAGAAAGAGAGACACUAGACUCCCUAAUUCUUUUCUGAUGGGGUGGAGCCACUUUGGGCUACUUAUUGGCCCGUCUCACUUUUUCUGGUUUGGUGGGUGGGACGAGCAAGAGUGGACACUAAGUAGACCAGAGCCAGCUCUUCCCUCUCUCACUUGAGCAUGCCAUACAUUAUGGAGAAGCUGUGAGGUCACACAGGAAAGCAUGUUCACGCAAGAGAGGGAACCGGGACAAUUUUUUUUCAAUGGUAAACAGCCUGAGGAAACCAUCUAAGUUAUCCACUAUCUUUGAUGAUCCUUCAACAUGAUAACUUUAUAGGUUAUCAAAUGCCUUAAUGAAAUAAGUGCAGUUUUUUGGGGAGUCUCUGGUUGAAAGAUUAAACCCAUUGUGUAUUAUAGUCUUAAUCUAUUUCAUUCUGUGUAUUUACAUUUUAGUGAUUUAGCAGAGGCUCUUAUCCAGAGCAAUUUACAGGAGCAAUUAGGAUUAAGUACCUUGCUCAAGGGCACACCAGUAGGUGUGGUUACAACCCCCAUUGCAACCAUCACCUCUGAGAAAAGGACAGAGGCGCAGGAAAACAGACAUGUGUGGAUGGACAAGCAAUGUUCAAUGUGGAGGAAGGUGAGGCUAUAGGAGGUAGGGCAGACAUAGCCACAUGUUGUGUGAACCAUGCUGUAUACAGAAUAUUUACUUUCACUUCAAACGGAGCGAGAGAGGAUGAGUAUGAUCAAAUGGGGGGAUGGUGAGGCGCAUCAUGUGUUCACGAGGCAUGACAGUGCAGAAAGAAUGGAGAACAGAAGGGAGGUGGGGGAUGAGGGGGGGACUGGGGAGGGAGUCAACAGAGCUGAAAACAGAUACGAUGUCAUUGUGUUGUUUAGAAAAGAGUACACCAGAAAACUUUACCACUAUUUAGGGCUUUGUUAAGCCAGUAUCGCUGAAGCGUUAUAGAACGCUUGAUUUUCUGCAAUAUGUAUUGAAUAGAGCCCUCAGUUGUGUUUUUCACUUGACUUUUAAUCCUUUAUAGGUUCUAACCCCUGAUGCUUCAAUAGUCACAUGAUGGACGGACUCAUGCCAAACAUAGCCACAGUUCACAGGAGGUUGGUGGCAACUUAGUUGGGGAGGACGGGCUUGUGGUAAUGACUGAAGCAGAAUGCUUCAAUAGUCACAUGAUGGACGGACUCAUGCCAAACAUAGCCACAGUUCACAGGAGGUUGGUGGCAACUUAGUUGGGGAGGACGGGCUUGUGGUAAUGACUGAAGCGGAAUGCUUCAAUAGUCACAUGAUGGACGGACUCAUGCCAAACAUAGCCACAGUUCACAGGAGGUUGGUGGCAACUUAGUUGGGGAGGACGGGCUUGUGGUAAUGACUGAAGCGGAAUGCUUCAAUAGUCACAUGGUGGACGGACUCAUGCCAAACAUAGCCACAGUUCACAGGAGGUUGGUGGCAACUUAGUUGGGGAGGACGGGCUUGUGGUAAUGACUGAAGCGGAAUGCUUCAAUAGUCACAUGGUGGACGGACUCAUGCCAAACAUAGCCACAGUUCACAGGAGGUUGGUGGCAACUUAGUUGGGGAGGACGGGCUUGUGGUAAUGACUGAAGCAGAAUGCUUCAAUAGUCACAUGAUGGACGGACUCAUGCCAAACAUAGCCACAGUUCACAGGAGGUUGGUGGCAACUUAGUUGGGGAGGACGGGCUUGUGGUAAUGACUGAAGCGGAAUGCUUCAAUAGUCACAUGGUGGACGGACUCAUGCCAAACAUAGCCACAGUUCACAGGAGGUUGGUGGCAACUUAGUUGGGGAGGACGGGCUUGUGGUAAUGACUGAAGCGGAAUGCUUCAAUAGUCACAUGAUGGACGGACUCAUGCCAAACAUAGCCACAGUUCACAGGAGGUUGGUGGCAACUUAGUUGGGGAGGACGGGCUUGUGGUAAUGACUGAAGCAGAAUGCUUCAAUAGUCACAUGAUGGACGGACUCAUGCCAAACAUAGCCACAGUUCACAGGAGGUUGGUGGCAACUUAGUUGGGGAGGACGGGCUUGUGGUAAUGACUGAAGCGGAAUGCUUCAAUAGUCACAUGAUGGACGGCCUCAUGCCAAACAUAGCCACAGUUCACAGGAGGUUGGUGGCAACUUAGUUGGGGAGGACGGGCUUGUGGUAAUGACUGAAGCAGAAUGCUUCAAUAGUCACAUGAUGGACGGCCUCAUGCCAAACAUAGCCACAGUUCACAGGAGGUUGGUGGCAACUUAGUUGGGGAGUACGGGCUUGUGGUAAUGACUGGAGCGGAAUCAGUGGAAUGUUAUCAAAUACACUUGGAAACCAAGUGUUUGAUGCCAUUCCAUGUGCGCCGUUCCUGACAUUAUUAUGAGCCGUUCUCCCCUCAGUAGCCUCCACUGCCAUAGCUAUGCAACAAAUCAACAAGUGAAAGCUGAUGUGCAACAUCAUUUAGUUUUUUGGUAGACAUUACAUCAUUUUAUUGCAUUCAUAAAAUUAAUAAAUUAAUAAAAACAAAUCAAUUGUUAAAAUUGUGACUUCUAAAAGCAAUAUGAAAGGAAUCUGCUAAUGCGUUGCUAGGCAAUAAAGAAGGCUACAUGUCAUUGUGUCAUUUCUUACAUUUUGCAAAGUAUUAACAAGUAGAAUUGGGAGGUGUUUCCGCAUGAUUAAUUUAUUCUAGAUUUUACAUUACCGUUAUAAGCUACCAUAACUGUUCAUAGACCUAGUAGUUUAUUGGUGCAAGUCAAAUCAGUUUUAUCCUUUAAAAUAAUGUUAUAGUACUAUCCCAUUAGACUAUGAGAUACAGCCCCUAGCCAAUGAAAAACCCCAGGGCUCUGUCCCAAAUGAAACCCUAUUCCAUAUACAGUAGUGCACUACUUUGACCAGUGCCCUGGGACACAGCUAGGCCUACUGUAUACGGUUAUUGUCAAUAUGUUGGCUAACCAGAUGGAUCCUCAUUCCCAUGCAGUCAUCCAGAUAGUUAUGUCCUUCUAGGGAUAAACCAGUGAUAGACAGAUAAGCCUGUCUGGAUCAAUGGGACGAGAUGAGAAGGCAAUUGGAUCCAAGUCAUGCGGAGGAAAGGAAUUUGGCCAAGGCUGGAUCCAAGUUGGUCUGACUGUUCUUUUUUAGUUUGAGUGAAUCAUGAGUGUGAUGAUUCACUGGGUUCCAUCUUUAGUCUGCCUAUUCAAGGUGCCCAGAUCUGUAGAAGACACUGUCUCGAGUCGACUAACAAUGAGAUCUUUGUCAGUCUUAAAAAAUGAUUUGGAUGGUAUUCAGGGGUUAAAGUUACUCUAACAUUAAAGAGCCACUCACUCAACCAAACAUGUAUCUUAUACUAUAGGACUCCUUCAAAACCACAGAACCCCAGUCAGAAGUUGUGUAUUCAAAGUCAAAGACCCACUUCAUAUUCAUUGAUACAUAGACUUUAUUUAUGACAAGAUGUAUAAAUGACAUAUUUUAUUUUCUGUGCAAUGUUUAUUAUUAUGAUCUGUCUCUUGUAUUGUGUGCACUAAAUGAAACCCCCCUGUAGUUUUUACCUGUGUGGCACAAUAAAGUCUCUUAAAACAAC